AUCCUCCAUGAAGAAUGAGCUCAUCAUUCAGAUCAUGACUGAGAGCCACGAGAUUGACAACCUGAAGAGGAAGGUAGAAGAUGGCAAGAUGAAGCUGGUGACGGAGAUAAAGUUGAGAAAACAGGCGGCCACUGAGCUCAGAGCCCUGAAGGCUGAGCUGGCUCAGAAGAAGAGUCAGUCAUCUCAUCCCGGCCUGAUGGGAAAUACGCCACGGCACGGAGCACAAGUCCAGAGCAGCGCCGCCCAGUUCAGAAUAAACUGCACGUGAAAAACCUGUUUUCUGGUUUAAUUAUUUUGGACUUGAAUGCGUCUUUCUAAUUAGUUAU